AUGUAUCCAUUUAAAAUUUAUCCCAGUGACCUUUUGAGUUUACCGUGGAACUUUACUAAAAAAAUGGAAGAGAGCAAUGAAGUUCAAGUAACUAUUAACCGACCUACAAAAAUAAUUCAUUUUAGCGACGGAGUGGACGAAGAAAUUGAGCAAGAAAAGGCUACCGAAGUAAACUGUACUGUUUCUAACAAUGUAGAUGACGUAAAUCCACAAUCAGGCUGGAUGCCAUGGCUUUCACAUUAUGCUUGGAAAUCAAGCUCAAAAAUGCUAAACGCUGUUGACUAUGCGGGUGAAGGGCUGGCAAACUUUUUCGGUAUCACGACACCAAAGUAUCAAAUUGAGAUUGAUGAGUAUGAAAGAGUUCAAGAAGAAAAGAAGCAGCUUGAAGAAGAAUCUGCUGGUUGGGUGCCGAAAAAUGCUGGGAAUGAUAUACCUCUAGUUUUGACGGAACCAACAAAUAAUCCCUCAAAAGUCUAGUUUCUGCUAUUACUUAUAAUAGAUUUACUUAACAAACUUAUUCAAUAGGAUUAUGCAGGUUUUUUGAGAUGUGAACAAUAUUUUAUUAUUUAUUUAUAAUUAUUAAACACAUUAUAAUUUAUGCAUGCACAAUGAACUAAUAUCAACCAAAGUAUUAUGAUGAAACUGUAUGAUGAGGAUGGUGGCAAUGUUUGGUCUGUGGUUGAAAUGGUGUCUUAUUUAAUAUACUUAAUUAUUGUUGAGAAUGUUUGAUAAAUUGAUUGAAAUUAUAGUAGGAUAUAGGAUAGAUAGAAUGUUUGAUAAAUUGAUCGAAAUUAUAGUAGGAUAUAGGAUAGAUAGGCUGUUAAGCAUUUGUGUCCUAAUCCACAAUUUUUUUUUGUUCAAUUCUGAAUGCAGUCUUGUU